ACUAUGGAAAACAAAACUUCUGUGACUGAAUUCAUUGUUCUAGGCUUCUCGGAACUCCCAGAAAUGAAGUUAUUUCUUUUCAUGAUAUUUUUGUGCCUUUAUUUCUUCACAAUACUAGGAAACAUCACCAUUAUCAUCAUUGUCACUUUUGAUUCUGCCCUUGACACACCCAUGUAUUUCUUCCUAAGGAACUUGUCCUUCCUGGAAAUAUGUUACACAUCUGUAACUAUUCCCAACAUGCUGGUGAACCUCUGCUUAGAAGAAAGUAAAGUCUCUUUUGUUGGAUGUGCAACACAGCUGUAUUUCUUUCUUCUCUUUGCUGUCACAGAGCGUUUUAUCCUUUGCAUCAUGGCUUAUGACUGCUACAUAGCCAUAUGUGCCCCACUACGAUACUCCACUAUCAUGAAUAGGAAGAUCUGCAUCAAGCUGUCUACUCUGUCAUGGGUAACGGGAAUCUGUGUUUCUCUUGGACACACCACCUUCAUAUUCACUUUGCCCUUCUGCAGGUCCAAUGUCAUUCAUUAUUUCUUCUGUGAGAUUCAGCCAUUGCUCACACUUGUUUGUGGAGACACAUACUGGAAUGAAGUCCAAGUCAUCUUGGCUGCCACUUUGGUGCUCAUAUUACCUUUUGCGCUCAUCCUGGUGUCUUAUAUCUAUAUUGUUUCCACAAUUCUGAAAAUGCCUUCAACCACAAGCCAAAAAAAGGCUGUCUCCACCUGCUCUUCUCACAUCACAGUAGUCACAGUGUUCUUUGGAACUGCACUCUUCAUGUAUAUAAGACCUAAAUCUAGUUACUCUUUGGAUACAGACAAAUGGAUCUCAUUGUUCUAUUCUGUCAUCACUCCAAUACUGAAUCCAUUUAUAUACAGUUUCCGAAACAAAGAAGUGAAAGGGGCCUUAAAGAGAAUAAGUAUGAAAAUCAACUGUACAAAAAUAUAG